AUGGGCCUGCUCAUAUUCCUUGUGCUCUUUACGAUAUCGGGCACACUAGUUGCCGCAUUCCAGUGCAAUCCGCCCAAAUAUGCGUUUGAACUAGAGUUCCUCAUGUCGCCUGACAGGUCGAAAUACUGCUACUCGUCAGAUGUUGCCUAUGGAAUCUUUAUGUACCAAGCCGUCCUGCUCUUUGUUUGCGACAUCAUCAUCUUCCUUCUGCCAUUCCCUGCGUUGAUACAACUCAACAUGGGCUCUGCCAAGAAGACGGCGCUUCUGUUGGUCUUCGGCAGCGGCGCCGUAGCCUGCAUUGCGCCCGCCGUCAGAUUUGAAAGCAUACAGUUCUACAAGUCUGGAUCCCCAGACACAACUUACGCGGGUGCGGAAUCCUUGUAUUGGAUGGCCAUCGAGUACAACCUUGGCUUGGUGGCCGGGUCAUUGACGGGACUCCGGCCUCUGCUUUCCAGAAUCGGUGUGCUGUUGUCAAGCAAAGGAGAUUCGAGUUAUAAGAGCAACCAGUUUGCGCCAUCUUAUCGACUCGAAAAUCGCGACAACAAACAUUGGAAUUCCAGCCAGCGCAGUGGGGUCAAAAAGGAUAGACAUCAAGGGGACAGCGUCCUCGAACAGACCGUCAUGGGCGACCGCAUUUCCGACGACAGUGGCCGCCAGCACAUACUAAAGACCCAGUCCAUUAGCAUUGUUACCGAGGAAUCGCGGGACGAUUCUUCGUUCGCGAACACACACCAGCCCUGGCAAGAUUCUAGCCGGAAUGUGUAG